AAGUGAAUAGGCUGGCGCGCGUGCGCGUGUGUGCUUAUAUAUUUGUUUCCCAGUAGAGAGCGCUAAUAUCUCACAUUUCAACCGGAAAACCCGGAAGUAUAGCAUAGCGUUUGAACUCCAUUUCCCAUGGUGCACUGCAGCGUUGUUUCUCUGAGAGAAGAACAUGGCUGCGCGCUGAGCACAGAUUCAGCUUCAUAUUUACAUUUUCGCGUUUAUUCAGAAACAGACACCGCGGACUGACUCUUUAAUUAUUACUGCAGUGUUAAUGAACAAUGAUGAGUCAAAAAUAAACACUUUACAUAGCAGCGUCUUUGUUUUUGAGUUACAGGAAGUGGCAGUGACAAAGUGUUGACUAUCAUGUUUAUUAAAGCGGUGAAGUCGGAGUGUGUUAAUGAGAUGAGAUAGCAGAGUGUUCAGUCCGGUGUUUAAACACAUCAGUAAUCACCAUGUCCAUGUUCGGAGAUCUGUUCGAAGAGGAAGAAGAUAUCACAACUAACAGCAUCACCCAGGGCAAAGGGAAGGUGUGUGAGCCGCCACCUCCUCGAGGGAAACUGAAGCUGUGCGGAAUUAGAAAUCAGGGAUCAACAUGUUACCUCAACUCUCUACUGCAGACCCUGUUACACACACCUGAGUUUAGAGAGGAGUUGUUCAGUUUGGGACCUGAGGAGCUCGGCAAACUGGAGGAUAAAGACAAACCUGAUGCUAAGGUGCGUGUUAUUCCUCUGGAGUUGCAGAAUCUGUUUGCUCGGUUGUUGUUGUUGGAUGAACAAUCAACGACAACUACAGCGCUGACGGAGAGCUUUGGCUGGACAAACAAUGAGGAGAUGGCUCAGCAGGAUGUUCAGGAGUUAAACAGGAUUUUGUUCAGUGCAUUAGAAUCAUCUCUGGUCGGGACAUCUGGCUCCAGUCUGAUACGGAGACUUUAUCAUGGAACCCUGAUCAACAACAUCACCUGCAACGAGUGUCACAACGUCAGCGAGAGAGAGGAGGACUUCCUGGACCUGACAGUGUGUGUUCGGGGUGUGUGCAGCCUGGAGGAGGCGCUGUGGAGCAUGUUUGUCGAGGAGGAAGUGUUUGAUGGAAAUAAUCUGUAUCACUGCAGCAACUGUGACCGACUCGUCCAUGCUACCAAGUCUGCUAAACUGAGGAAGCUCCCUACAUUUCUCACCGUGUCCCUGCUACGCUUCAGCUUUGAUUUUGAGAAGUGUGAGAGGUUUAAGGAGACGAGAAGGUACAGCUUCCCGCUCAGCAUCAACCUGCGGCCGUUCUGUGAACAGUCAGACCAGCCAGAUUCUGAGCUGACCUAUGAGCUCUUCUCCAUCAUCAUACACAAAGGUGGAUGUUAUGGAGGACAUUACCAUGCCUACAUCAAAGACAUUGACCAUCUUGGCCACUGGGAGCUGCCUGAGGAUGAUAUUAAACAGAAGAAGCAGAAAGUCCAGGUGAAGCCCCCCAGCGUGAGCGUGUGUAAUGCUGCUGUAGAGAAGGACGACCCGCUGUCUGUACUAACGGCUGUACUGGCGCAGGAGUCUGGCAGUGUGUUGUUGGAUCAGCUUGGUCAGAAGUUGAUGGAGAAAAUUGGCUGUUCCUGGAAUAAGAAAUACAGGAAGCAGUAUGGACCAAUCAGGAAGUUUCUGCAGUCUAACCCUGACGUGUUUGUGUUGCUGCUGAACGGCUCCCGUGUGGCUCUCAGAAACCCAGCAGAAACACCUGAGCAGGGGGCGGGGCCAAAAUCAGUAGCAGAGAGUGCCCAGGAUGGGUCGGAGGCGGGAUCAGACUUGGGUUUGGAGGCGGAGCCUGUGAGCGGCCACUGGUUUGACCUGAACGACUCAACGGUGACGGUGAUCAGAGAGAGUGACAUCAUCAAACAGUACGAGGGGAAAGAGAGCGCGUACAUGCUGUUCUACAGGAAACAUACACUGCAGAGACCAUGCCAUGCAGUGGGUAAUCCAGUUUAUGGAGUUCCUGCUCACCUGCUGCAGAUGGUGGAGGAAGAAAACGCCAAGCUUCAACAGAGGAGGACAGAGUUUGAAGUCAGCAGUAACAGUAUUGAUGUCCGGCUCCACUUUGCUUCUCAUUACCGCGUUGAGAGCGGAGCACUGAAGCUCAUCGACACACACACAGACGCACACACCCUCACCCUGAGCUUUGACCGCAGGAGGAGUGUGGGAGACCUGAGACUGGCUGUCUACCAGAUGCAGGAUACAUGGGAGGGGGACAUGGCACUGACCAUUGCUAAGAACCUGCCCGCAGGACUACACCUGUACAACACACUGACAGACGAUCAUCAGUCUUUGUACAGCGCUGGAGUGUAUAACGGCUCCGAUCUCUUUGUUUGGAACGGGACAGAGGUGAAUGGUGUGCGUGUGCAGACCGGAGCCGAGUGUGAACCAUUGCUAUUGAACAUCCUGAGGCCAGGUGGGGCGGAGCUGGACUCAGUGGGCAUGGCUGAUGUUGAGUCAGUGGGCGAAGCCUCAGUAGCAGAUGCCUCUGGUCUUGUUCAAGUGAUGCGGGGAUUUUCAGGUGGAGUCACACUGGGCGGUGUGCGGGAGGCUCUCAGCCUGCAGGAGGCUCUGGUGUGUCAGCUGACAAAAGGGGUGGGGCCAGGUGGAGAAGGAGGUGGGGCCAGCAGGUGGAAGGUGUGUUCACCUGAGGCCAUGAGGAGGACACUAAAAGAACUGACACUCCGGGAUGGAGACACACUGCUGUUGCUGCCACACACACACCUGAACAACAGUAUAUUCAGCGUUAGUGAAGAUGUGGUUACUGUGAUGACGCCGUCAGACUGUCGCUGGCUGCAGGUGGAGUUUCACACACACACAACGCAGGAGGAAGAGGAGGAGGAGAAAGUGAUGAAGAUUCCUGCCGCAGGAAGCACUUUGCUGAGUGAGGUGAAACAGAGAGCGCUGGAAGAGAUGCAGCUGCAGGAGCACUUCACAGGUGGUGUGUGUUGUUUGAGACAGAGGGACAGAACAGGGAAACUUUUACCUCCAGUCCGUGAAGACCUCAGUGUGUGUGAUGCCGGUAUCAAGUUGAUGACAUCACUGUGUCUGUGUCCUGGGCACGCCCCAAAUUCCUCACAGCUCUUCCUGUUCUUCAGUGUGACGCCACCUACAGGCCCAGAGCUGGAGAUCAUCGUAGAGGAGACACUCACUGUGAAGGAGUGUUUGAUGGCGAUGCUGCAGGAGGCUGGACUCGACGGAACGUGCUGGCACUUGAGGAGGAUGGAUUGGUGUGAGGAAGUUGGGGAGCCCCUGAUGGAUGAGAAUGCCUCUCUGUUGGAGAUGGGAGUGGUUAAUGGAGACACACUGGUGAUCACUGAGGGACAACUUCCUCCAAAGGGAUUUCUGAAAUUGGCAGUGAGCUGGUUUAUGGAUAUGAGUGAUGAGUGUGAGAGAAAUCACACAACAGAAUCACGCACUACAGGCCUGCAGUCUGUUGGUUGUGUUGAAAUCUCAGAAGAGGCCACACUACAUGAGCUCAGGUGUCAGGUGCUGACUCUACCUGCACUGGUGCAGGUGUGUGUUCCAUCUCUUGAAUGUCUACGUGUUUGGUUGGUGGAGGGAAAAAAACUCAUUAGAAUUCUCAGAGGAAACCAACUCACACUCAGGAAGUUGAAGUUGUCUGUGGGAUCUGAGGUGUGUGUGCAGAAGCUGCAGUGUGAGGAGAAUCUUGGGGUGAAGGACAUCCUGCUGCGUCUGCAGGUGGGUGUGGCCAAGGAGGAGGUGGGCAUGUUCGAAGAGAGUGCCUAUUUCCCCACACAUGAGUAUGUGUGGGAGGCGGGGCUAGACUCCUCACCCAGGGGGCUGUACCAUGCAGUCUCCACCCACUGCGGAAUCUCACCUGAGAACCUGCUGCUCGCUAAACACCUGCCUGAACAACACACCUGGAUUACCAUCAACUACGAGAUUCAGUCAAUGUCCAAAAAGAAGAAGAAACAGAAUAAGAGUAACAGUAAAGGAGUGAACCUGCAGGGGGCGCCAUACUGCCUGAGAGACGGAGACACUAUAGCCGUGAAGAAUCUGAUGAUUGACAGUAAUCGGGAGUUCGGUACAGUGAAAAAUGAAGAACAAAUACUCAGAGAGCAAACAGAGCAAAGAGGACACAGUAGAAGCUCAGAGAAGAAAAAGAACAGGAAGCCAGAAGUGGCCUUGUCAAUCAACGUGGGUGUGUUCAGAUAGCCCCGCCCCCAAAACCAGACCACACUCACAAUCAUUGGUGCCAUUUGAGAUUCUCAGCCAAUCAGAGAGCUGCUAAGUAAAGUUGUUUUAUUGGGUAGUUGAGAGGUUGAAUAUAUCACCUAUUCACACUGUGAUGUAACGGUAGGACCGCCACCUGCUGGGGAUUAUGGGUAAAAUUAUUGUGUGAUUGUUCACUCUGAUCCACAAUGCAUUAACCUUUAAUGAGCUUUAACAGUGAUGACAUCACUGAUGAUGUCACCAAGGAGGGCACAGCUUAGACUGUUUAUGUGGUUGAACUGUAUGCAAAGUGUGUGUGUGUGUGUGUGUGUGUGAGAGAGAGAGAGAGAGAGAGAGAGAGAGAGAGAGAGAAUGGGAAUUAUAUAAUGAUUAUAUUAAUGAAUUACAUUUUUAUGUUGAGGAGGCUCAAAUUAUGAUAUUUCUGUACAGUUUAAGCUCUCUCUGACCUACACACACUUACUUUCUGUUGAUUUUAAUUGAACUGCGAUGAAUCCUAUGUUGAUGAUAAAACGGUUAAGUUGUAAUUUUUACUGUUUGAUUUUUUUUCACCAUUUUAAAUUUUUUUUUAGUUUAAUUUCAAAUUGUUCAAAUAUAAAAAAAAAUUAAAUAAAAUCUUGUGUCAC